AUGGUGAGUCCAAAAAACUUCGCCCAGCCUGAACCAUCCCUCGAUGGCCUUCCCGUCGAACUCAAGAUUCUAAUUUUAUUCCAAAUGCCAGAUAGUGAUACGCUCAAACCUCUCGUGCAUGCAUCGCCCGCAUACCACCAGGCCUACCUCACAGUGAGACACCGAGUACUUGGAAACGUGGUGGAACGUCAGUAUGACGAAUCUCUCGACCUGGUAGAGGCCCUCACUGCGAUACGGUCUAAAGGCAUGCAUUUUCUCUACCAAGAGAUUGCCAACCAGGACGAGAAGGUAAUUUUUCUGUUGGACGUCUGGCGCCGCAGAAAAGAGAUCCGCAGGCUCAGCCAGUCCUCGUCGAACCCACUAAUUGAACCUGAUAGCUUAGAAGAAACCAUCAAGCUACUUCAUUUUCACAAAAUGCUGUGCUUUCUCCUCGAGGAUUUUUCAAUCAAUGCAGGGAGGCCUUCAUGGAUUCAGCCUGCUGAAUGGGAAAAUGAGCACCUGCCUUUGCAAUUAUCGCCUCUCGAAAAACGCCGCUUUCUAAGGGCAAUGUGUCGACUCCAAACCCUCCAAAAUAUCUUCGGGAACUUUGUUUGUUGCUUGAAUUAUAAAAAUUGUGACACGUGCCCGGACGAUAGUAAGAAUUGGUUAUGGGGGAGGUUUAAUCCGGAAAAUGAUGCGAUAGACUUUUACGCCGUUAAAAAGCAAGCAUACGAUUUAUUCUAUGGUACAAUGCCUCUUUGGGAGCACGAGGAAAUGGGCAACGUGUUUUAUUACCUCAUUAGCAAGACCGAUGAAAUCGCCAAAGAUAUAGCAGACGACUUGCAGCAGUUCAGCAAGAAUACAUCAUGCGAGUACUUCGGCGAUAGUUUUCACCAACCCAACAAGAGUCCACUGUGGUACUACUACUGGGAUAUUCUUCCUGAAAAAUUGCCAGCCGGCGUUUGUCAGAUAAACAUAGGGGGACUGGCGGCGCUUGGACCUGAAUUCCUAUAUCGCAUUCUCCAUAUGGACCGGCUAUCCCGACGUGAUCUCGUCUGCCUCAAUACCAGAGACUCCUGGCCGGAGCCAUUUAUAAGAAUUGGGCUCAGGGUCUCGUCGGAGUUCCCCUUCAUCGACCCGGCAGAUCAACUCGAGGCUCCGAAUUUUGAACAGUUCUGGUCUACUUUAUCGCCUCUUGAACAGCCUAAUGUGGGUUGGAAGAAUGCAUGGCUCCAGCCACAGAACCAGGGAUACAACCUAGAGAACUCCAUGAACCAGUAUCGGUCAAUAGGUGAUGGCUGGAAAUAG